CACUCCCAGAGAAGCAACGUACAGGAAACUGUACCACUGUGAGCUUGACAUCUUAAAACAGAACAACUCUCUCAGAUAUCUGCGUGAAAAUGCUGCAAAACGUGACAAUAACUCUCCUCAUCAAUUUAAUCUUCAUGUUCUCCACUGGUACAUUUGUCUCUUCAUGUACCUACAAAGCUGUGGGUGACAAAGUUGUGAUUUCAUUUGAUGAUGCAAAAUUACAAGAGGACAAUGAACUGAGAUGGAUACAUAAUCAAAGGAGAGUUUAUUUGAAAAAGGGCUCACAAGUUAAGCACAGCGAGCUCAACACUGACCAAUAUGGAUCCCUGAUACUGGAGAACGUACAGAAAGACAAAUCUGGGGAUUACAAGGGCAUCAUCUAUGAUGCAGGCGGAAAGUUAAUAAAGGAAACCGAACAACAUCUCUGUGUUCUGGAGCCAGUGCCUGAACCUACAGUCAUGGUUGAGUGUGUAGAAAAAGGAGUAAAUCUGAAUUGUAGUGCAGUAAAAAAAAACGAGGUUGUGUCAUGGAUGAAAAAUGGCAUUAAGACUAAUAUGACACAUGCUGUUUUACACGUCACUUCAUCUGAGCUCAAACCUGGAGAUAAUUUCUCAUGCACAGUCAGCAACCAGAUAAGCAAGAAGUCAGCAAAAGAAGUUAAGCCACUUUGCUCUGACACAGAUCUACACCCAACAACUGCCAAUGAUGACAAAGAAAAAGAAGUGAACGGCAAGAGUGGAAAUGAAAAUAAAAAAGAUGUGCAUGAGAAGAAAUUUCUAGGCUUGGAAUUGUGGUUGAUGCUGGUGAUCCUGAUAGGGGGAGGAAGUUUCCUCCUCAUACUCUUCAUCAUCUGCCUUGUCUGUGUUUGCCGCUGCUACAGGCGAAACAAGAGGAAGGCAAAAGAGGAAGAAGAGUACCGGCUUACAUCUCUAAUGCCAGAUCACACAAAUCCACCUGAUGAGCAGUACAUGCAAACCACUUCGGAGAGGUCUUCUAAAAGCCAGCGUCCUCUUCCCCCCUUACCCAGCCCCCAAGGUCCUCCUUGUGUUGGAACCCCAUAAGAGAACAACCUGGCCUUCCAGAGACAUUGAGACCAAUACCAAUGCUGAUAUAGAAUAUACAGAAUUUAUAAUAUAGCCUAAACUUUUGGUCACAAAAGGUAGAAAAAAAGUAAUAGUUAAAUAAUAAAAAUAAUAAAUAAAAUAAUAUAGUUUUGUUGAGUCUCUUAAGCUCAGCAACACGGCACACCAAUAGAUGUAUCACAAAUGUUUAAGCAGCAAAAACUGUUUUCCAGGUUGAUGAUAAUAAGUGCCAUUGUUAAUAAUUGAUCCCCAAUACUAACUGAUGAUAAUGGACAUCAAAUUUGUUUAUAUUAGAAUGAAUUAUGAAGGAUCAUGUGACACUGAAGACUGGAGUAAUGAUGCUGAAAAUUCUUUUUUAAUUUACACUUUAAAUGUAUUCAAAUAUAAAACAGUUAUUUUAAAUUGUAAUAUUACAAUAAAAUUGUCUUUACUGUAUUUUUGAUGAGCAUAAGAUACUUAUUUCAAAAAGAUUAAAAAAAUGUAUAUUGUUGCAUAAUCGUAGUCUAUGUAUUAUGUUUUACUACUUCAAACAGUUUAUAAUAAUUGUAAAGUCAUCACUGAAGCCUGAUCAAAAGAAAGCCUUAUAUUAAAAUGUUGGUUUGGUAUUGUA